UAUCACUUGCAUUAAAAAGUUUAGGAAUUAAAGAGAGAAGGCAAAAGUAUGACAGUAUUCUGUGUACAAGGGAGUGGGGAAGCAAUGAAAGUUGUGAGUAAAGCGAAGGGUGAAUCUGAACUUGUAGAGAGAACGAGCUAGGAUUUGAUUCCAAUUCGUGUCAGCCGAUGGACGGAGAUCGGUGAAGCAGCCUUGGACGGAGCAGGUUGUGAGAUCGGGGAGAUCGAUCGUGCCGGAUUUGAGGUGAUAAAAUAAAACUGUGUGUGUGCGUUGGAUCUUGGUUAGGAGUUGUGGUAGGAAGGUAAAGAAGGAGAAGGUUUUAGUGAAAAUUUGAUUUGGCUGCUGUGGAAAUAAUGUCCUGCAAGGAUGGUAGCAAAAACGGAAUUGAUAACGGGAAGUAUGUCCGUUACACACCUGAGCAGGUUGAAGCCUUGGAGAGGCUUUACCAUGAUUGUCCCAAACCAAGUUCCAUUCGCCGCCAGCAACUCAUACGCGAAUGCCCCAUUCUCUCUAACAUUGAGCCUAAACAAAUCAAGGUUUGGUUCCAGAACAGAAGAUGUAGAGAGAAGCAGAGAAAGGAGUCGUCGCGGUUGCAAGCUGUAAAUAGGAAGUUGACUGCAAUGAAUAAGCUGCUGAUGGAGGAGAACGAUAGGUUGCAGAAACAGGUGUCUCAACUGGUGUAUGAAAAUGGUUAUUUUCGUCAACACACUCAAAAUACUACACAGGCAACCAAAGACACAAGUUGUGAAUCAGCGGUGACGAGUGGUCAGCAUAGUUUGACAACUCAACAACCCCCACGAGAUGCGAGUCCUGCAGGGCUUUUGUCCAUUGCAGAAGAGACUUUAGCAGAAUUUCUUUCUAAGGCUACUGGGACUGCUGUAGAGUGGGUCCAAAUGCCUGGAAUGAAGCCUGGUCCGGAUUCCAUUGGAAUCGUUGCUAUUUCUCAUGGUUGCUCUGGUGUGGCAGCACGAGCCUGUGGUCUAGUGGGACUAGAGCCCACUAGGGUUGCCGAAAUCCUCAAAGAUCGGCCUUUGUGGUUUCGCGAUUGCCGAGCUGUUGACGUUCUCAAUGUGCUGCCCACAGCAAAUGGUGGAACCAUUGAGCUGCUUUAUAUGCAGCUAUAUGCACCAACCACAUUGGCACCUGCCCGAGAUUUCUGGUUGUUGCGUUAUACUUCUGUUUUAGACGAUGGAAGUCUAGUGAUCUGUGAGAGGUCUCUUAAAAAUACCCAAAAUGGUCCAAGCAUGCCUCCUGUGCAACAUUUUGUUAGGGCAGAGAUGCUGCCUAGUGGGUACCUAAUCAGACCUUGUGAAGGAGGUGGUUCCAUCAUCCAUAUUGUUGAUCAUAUGGAUUUAGAGCCAUGGAGUGUACCAGAAGUGCUACGGCCACUGUACGAAUCAUCAACAGUGCUGGCUCAGAAGACAACUAUGGCGGCCCUACGUCAUCUAAGGCAGAUCUCACAUGAAGUUUCUCAGUCCAACGUCACUGGGUGGGGUAGACGACCAGCAGCCCUACGAGCUCUUAGCCAAAGAUUGAGCCGGGGUUUCAAUGAGGCACUCAAUGGGUUUACAGAUGAGGGAUGGACAACAAUUGGCAAUGAUGGUGUAGAUGACGUUACUAUUCUAGUGAAUUCAUCCCCUGACAAAUUAAUGGGUCUGAAUCUUCCCUUUGCCAACGGAUUCCCGUCUGUCAGUAAUGCAGUGCUAUGUGCCAAAGCAUCCAUGCUAUUACAGAAUGUGCCCCCUGCCAUUCUCCUAAGGUUCCUUCGGGAGCAUAGAUCCGAAUGGGCAGACAACAAUAUGGAUGCUUACACAGCUGCUGCUAUUAAAGUUGGUCCUUGCAGCUUAUCAGGAUCUCGUGUUGGAAAUUAUGGAGGUCAAGUUAUACUCCCUCUAGCACACACAAUUGAGCAUGAAGAGUUUUUGGAAGUCAUUAAAUUGGAAGGAGUUGUUCAUUCUCCUGAAGACGCAAUAAUGCCCAGAGAAAUGUUUCUCUUGCAACUGUGCAGUGGAAUGGAUGAGAACGCUGUGGGCACCUGUGCUGAACUUAUAUCUGCUCCGAUUGAUGCUUCUUUUGCUGAUGACGCCCCCCUUCUACCUUCUGGAUUUCGCAUCAUUCCUCUUGAAUCUGGAAAGGAAGCUUCCAGCCCAAAUCGGACCCUUGACCUUGCAUCUGCCCUUGACAUUGGCCCCAGUGGAAACCGAGCCUCGAAUGAGUGUGCUGGAAAUUCCGGCUGUAUGAGAUCUGUGAUGACAAUAGCAUUUGAAUUUGCAUUUGAAAGCCAUAUGCAAGAGCAUGUAGCAUCUAUGGCUCGCCAAUAUGUUCGGAGCAUUAUAUCAUCAGUCCAAAGGGUAGCAUUAGCACUUUCUCCUUCUCAUUUGAGUUCACAUACAGGGCUCCGGUCACCAUUGGGCACUCCUGAAGCACAAACCCUUGCUCACUGGAUUUGCAACAGUUACAGGUGCUACUUGGGUGUGGAGUUACUCAAGUCUAACAACGAGGGGAAUGAAUCUUUGCUGAAGUCCCUGUGGCAUCACUCAGAUGCAAUAUUGUGCUGCACUCUGAAGGCAUUGCCAGUGUUCACUUUCUCGAACCAAGCUGGGCUUGACAUGCUGGAGACCACCCUAGUUGCAUUACAAGAUAUAUCUUUGGAGAAAAUAUUCGAUGAUCAUGGACGAAAAAUUCUCUUCUCAGAGUUUCCCCAGAUUAUUCAACAGGGUUUUGCAUGCCUCCAAGGUGGUAUUUGUCUUUCAAGCAUGGGGCGACCCGUCUCAUACGAGAGAGUUGUUGCUUGGAAGGUACUGAAUGAAGAAGAAAAUGCUCACUGUAUUUGCUUUAUGUUUAUGAACUGGUCUUUUGUUUGACCUUGUGUUCCGAUGACAACUGUGCUUAUGUACUUAAAGUGUUAGAUGAAGAUUUACUCUUAAGACAAGUGAUCUGAUAGUUGGUCAUUUACUGUAUUUUCUCUAAAUACUUGGCUUGCUUAUUAUAUGACUAUUUAUCUUAACUUGUUUGCUUAUUCAA